AGUAACGUGAGAGGGGGCGAAUAUAUAUCAUAAAUCAUUGCGUACAUCUUCCCUCAAAUAAAUAAAUUUGCAAAAUCGGCAGUGAAUCUAUAUUUCACAGAAAAUCUCACAUCUUGCUGCUCUAGAGAACAAGAAUCAAGUAAUCGGCGUUGAGUUGAGUUUCCGGCAAUGUGGAAGCUCUGGUGGCUAGUAAGCUUGUUUAUCUGCUCGAUUUCGUUGGCCGCUGCUCAGGGAUCUAGUAGCAAAACCAGUCCUUGGCUAACAUUAAGAGGAGAUCCUCCUUUAGUGGUUGCACGUGGUGGGUUUUCAGGAUUAUUUCCCGACUCCAGUUACAAUGCCUAUACUUUCGCUUUGCUUACCGGUGUGCCUGACAUGAUCCUUUGGUGUGAUGUACAAUUGACUAGCGAUAAUGCUGGGAUUUGUUAUCCAAAUCUUGAUCUUAGCAAUGCUUCCACAAUUUCUUCUCUGUUCAAUAACAGGAACAAAACCUACCCUGUGAAUGGAGUCCCUACAACAGGAUUUUUUCCAAUGGAUUUCUCACUUGCAGACCUAGAAAAUGUCUCCUUAACACAGGGCGUGUUGUCUCGAACUCCAGUUUUUGAUGGGUCAUUGAAAUUACUUACUGUGGAAGAAGUUUCAGGGCAAGUGAAACCACCUGGACUGUGGUUGAACAUCCAGCAUGAUGCAUUUUACAGCCAACACAAUUUAAGUAUGAGAAAUUAUGUGAUCACUACAGCUAAAAAAGCCGCUAUUAACUACAUUUCAUCUCCAGAAGUUAACUUUUUAAAAAGUCUGGUGACAAACUUCAAAGCAAGCAAAACAACCAAAUUAAUUUUCCGGUUCCUAGGUCAGGACGAAACCGAGCCAACCACCAACCAAACAUACUCUUCUCUUUUGACCAAUUUGAAGUUUAUCAAGACAUUUGCUUCCGGAAUCUUAGUUCCUAAAUCAUACAUAUGGCCUGUGGAUCAAGAUUUUUAUUUGCAACCAUCUACAUCACUGGUGUUGGACGCCCACAAGGAGGGUCUAGAAGUUUUUGCUUCUGAUUUUGCGAAUGAUGUACAGUUUGCGUAUAAUUACAGUUAUGACCCUGUGGCAGAGUAUCUCUCUUUCAUUGAUAAUGGGAAGUUUGCUGUGGAUGGUGUCCUUUCUGACAACCCGAUUACUCCAUCUGCAGCUUUUGAUUGCCUAUCUCAUCUGGGAAAAAAUCAAGCAAAGCAAGCAAAACCUUUGAUCAUUACAUCUGAAGGAGCAAGUGGGGACUACCCUGGUUGUACUGAUUUGGCAUACAGAAAAGCUGUUUCUGAUGGUGCUGAUAUAAUCGACUGCCCUGUUCAAAUGACAAGUGAUGGGGUGCCUUUUUGUUUAGGCUCUAUAAACCUUCUUGAUAGAACAACAGCUGCAGAGUCAGGUUUUAGCAACCUUACUCAAGUCAUUCCUGAGCUUCAGCCUACUGCUGGGAUAUAUUCCUUUAGCCUCACAUGGACCCAGGUUCAGGGCUUGACACCUGCAAUAUACAACACAUAUAAGAACUACAGUUUGUUUCGGAAUCCAAAAGCCAAAAAUGAUGGAAAGCUUAUGACCUUGUCCGACUUUCUGGCUUUUGCAAGUAAUGCUACUUCUGUUUCUGGUGUCUUGAUCAACAUUAAGAAUGCACCAUACCUAGCAGCAAAUCAAGGAUUAAGUGUCGUGGAUGCAGUCAUGAAUGCAUUAAGUAACUCUACUUACAAUAAUCAGAGGACCAAAAAAAUAUUAAUCCAAUCUCCAGAUGGUGGGGUUCUGAGAUUAUUCAAGGCAAAAAGCAACAGACAUGAGCUUGUUUAUGAGGUUGAUGAAAACAUUGGUGAUGCCCAGAAUGCAACCAUCUCAGAUAUUAGUAAAAUGGCUAAUUCUGUAGUGGUUGGAAAGGAAUCUGUAUUCCCUCGCAAUAGUGGAUUUCUUGUUGAUCAAACUGAUGUUGUGACAAAACUUCAAGCUUUUAAGCUCCCGGUUUAUGUACAGAUUAUGAACAAUGAGUUUAUUUCACAGCCAUGGGACUUCUUUUCGGAUCCAUAUGUUGAACUAAACUCGUAUGUUGUGGGAGCUAAUGUUGAUGGUGUUAUUACAGAUUAUCCAGCUACUGCAGCCAAAUACAGAAUCAACAGGUGUUUAGGACUACCACCAAAUCAGACGCCGGCAUACAUGGCUCCUGCUUCACCUGGACAGCUACUGCCACUGAUGACACCACAGUUGAUGCCGCCAGCUGAGGCUCCCAACCCCAUUUUGACUGAGGCUGACGUGGCAGAUUCUCCUAUCCCUCCAGCCAUAAAACCAUCCCCGCCUACUGGAAAUGCCACGUCACCACCUUCCGCCUCCCCAAGUGGCCAGCCUCCUAAAGCCGCUGUUGGGAUUCUGUUUUCUUCUUUGGCCAUUGUUGUGGUUGCCUUUCUUCUCAUGAUUUGAAAGGAUGGAUCAUUAAGUUUAGUUUAGAUUAUUAUUAUUUAUAAAGAAUGCUUUGAUGCGUUCUCGGCUUUUGUACCGAUUGGUUUCAGUUUUUAGUGUUCAUGUAAUUAAGUAUUUAUUUGUUUGUUCCUGGUAUGUAAUUUGAGAACAAACAUGAGACUGUGAUGAAUUCUUUGUAUGUUAUGUUAAGUAUUGUAUUGGUUUCA